UCUCUUACCAAGGUCUCAAAGACUCCCAAGGACAAGCCAGCUUUCGUUGAAAAGAUUAAAUCACUCGUUAAUAAGUACAAGUUUGUCUACGUGAUAAAUUUUUUGAAUUCUCGCAAUCAGAGGCUUGCCGACUUACGCAGAGAACUAAAGGAUAGUUUGUUUCUUUUUGGAAAGAACAAGUUAAUGAUGAUUGCCUUUGGACGAGAUAAGGCACAAGAGACUAAACCUGGUCUCUACAAGCUCAGUAAAUUCAUCAAGGGACAAUGUGCCCUUCUAUUCACUGACAGAAACCUUGAUGAAGUAAGAGCUGUUUUCAACGAAUUCAGAAACGCCGACUAUGCGAGACCCGGUGUUGAGGCUGCACAAACAGUAAUUCUUGGAGCUGGCCCUAUUCCGAAGUUUUCUCACACUUUGGAGCAUCCACUACGUAAAUUAAACCUCCCAAUCAAACUCAAUCGUGGGAUUGUUACCCUGGAAUCUGACUAUCAGGUUUGUAAUAAGGGCGAUAUCCUUACACCGGAUCAGUGUCGAAUCCUAAAAUACUUUGAGGUUCAGAUCUCCGAAUUUCAAGUGAAUAUUUCGGCCGUGUGGCGAGCUGUCGACGGAAAGGUGGAGGACGUUGCCGAGUCCGAUGCCAGCAACGUCAUCACUUCCCUCUAUCCUAAAAUUCGAGUGCAGUGUGAAACUUACCAAGGAGAAUGCCACUACUUUUCCCAGGUCCCCAUUGAGGAUAAAGAAGACGAAAGUCAGGAUCAAGAGGAAAUGGAAAUUGUGUGA